UUGGACAGCGGAUCAGUUUCAAAUAUUGCAAGGAGUAAAGGAAGAAGGAGCAGACACGAUGAGCCGUGAGAUGAAGAGUUGCAGACGACAGCCUGCACACGCCUCAGCAAGAACAACAUGAACAGACACGAUGAGCCGUGAGAUGAAGAGUUGCAGACGACAGCCUGCACACGCCUCAGCAAGCAGAUGGAUGCUGGGUGGUCAGGGAAGGGUUAAGUGCUCUGCUCUAUAAACUCUGCUUUAAGAGUCUGCUGAAAGCUACUGGUUCAGCCUUUAAAUACAGUCAUUUGACACAUCCCAACACAGGCUUGUAGCAUAGAGCUGCUGCUGACCCAAACUCUGGCUUUAAGACGAGCUGGAGUCGGCAUCACACUGCUUUGGACAACAUGAAGGCUCUCUUAUUCACCUGUAUGCUGGUGCCGUGGCUGGUGGCAGCCUCGGCCAGGAGGUUUGACCAGGAGUCACAGCUGAUACCGGGAUCUCUACCUGGCAGGGAGCUGAACGGAUACUUCAUUGACCAUUUGAAAUCAAGGAGGGCUAGGAGGGCGUUGCCUCUUGCUGAUGAACCUGAUGACAGCCCAAUGGAAGGAGGAGACACCUCUGAUCUGCCCACCUGCCUGCUGUGUGUGUGUCUGACUGGUUCAGUGUACUGUGAGGAGGUCAGUCCAGACAUGACCAGCGUUCCCACCCUGCCUAAAGAGACGGCCUACCUGUACGCCCGCUUCAACAAGAUCAAAAAGAUCCGCAGCAAAGACUUUGCUGAUAUUGUGACUCUGAAGAGGAUUGACCUGACGGGGAACAUGAUCUCAGAGAUUGAAGACGGGGCGUUCUCUAAGCUCACUCUGCUGGAGGAAUUGUCUCUGGCUGAAAACAGACUGGUCAAACUUCCUAUGCUCCCCGCCAAACUUACAACCUUCAACGCCAACUACAACCAGCUCAAAACCAAGGGUGUCAAAGCUAACACUUUCAAGAAAAUGGCCACGCUGAUCAACCUGUACCUGGCCGAGAACCAGUUGGAAGCAGUUCCACGCAUCCCAGACAGUGUUCGGACCUUACAUCUACAGAACAACAACAUCACCGAGGUCAACGUAGACACCUUCUGCAGGUCCAAUGACACCUACUACCUACGGCCGAGCCUCAGUGAGGUCCGUAUGGACGGCAACCCGGUGGUGCUGUCCAAGUACCCCGACAGCUUCACCUGUAUGAAGGUCCUGCCUGUCGGACGGUACCGCUGAGGACACAGAAACUUUACUGUAGCCCCUUUGUUGCUGAUGGAGCAUUUUUCCCGCAACAGAGUGCUGAGGGGAUACCGUGAUGUUCUGGAUUCAGGGGAGCUGGUCCCAUAGUGGGAAUUAAGGUGUCAAUGUUUUUACUUCAGCAAACCUACAAACAGUUUGGGACAUUGUCAGGUCGAAAUGAAACCAUUCACUGGACUGGAGGUGUAGAAUUGAAGGACUUUCUCUACUCUGGCCUUUUUCAGUUAUACUGACCGGUGGGGAGUCCCAGGCCUUUAAACGCCUGCAGGAAGUUGCACAUGACAGUUGUUGAGAGUCAGUCAUGUUAAUUGGUUUGAAAACCUCAAUAUGCUUCAAACCAACUAGUUUGUCUGCUCUUGUAUGAAAUCAGCGUUCACUUCCUGCCUACUUCCACACACCGAUAGUGGAUAGUGGAUGCGUUUGUCAGAUCGUCUGUUUCGGACAACAAAAAUUGCCAAACACAGCCUUUGAUUCGGCCACUGGAAACAGGGAUUCAGAUGUUGUUAAUACAUUUUACAAACAUUUAGUUUGAAGCAUACUGAGGCCUUGACCAUGGGACUAUAAGUGACAGAUAGAAAGAAUUAGGCCACCCUUUCAGAAGACACCACAGGGGACGUAAUGCAAGUAAAACUGCUAUAACCCCUAAAAUGAGUGGAGAAGCCUCUACAACAGUCCAAUUUAUUGUUUCAUUUUGACCUGAUGCUGUACUACCUACAUGAAUGAAACUACACAAACUUGCUUGUGACUUUGAGCCAAAACACACUCAUGCAGCCAACAGGUGUGUUUGUAACGACCAGUUUCAAACACACGCCAAGGUUUUCACACUCUUUAAGAAAUUAAUUCUAAAAUGGAAGCAUUUUGUUACGAUCAGUAACUACAAGUAGUAAGAAAAUAAAUAUCAAGAUAUUACAAAAACCUUCUAGAUAUCUUUGCCGCUUUUGCUGACCUAAACAAGUUUAUUGUACUAGUGUAAAACCUCUCAUUUCGAGGUUUUACAUUAAAUUAACCUACUUAAUGUUUUAGAAUACUACAACAAGUAAAAUGUUCAACAGGUGCUUUUAUUGGACCUACAUGUUUAUCACAGUUUUCACCUUACUCAUUGCGGGUCAUCAGGAAUUAUAUUUGGACAGACGUCCAUGAAAACAUGACUGAAGUGCAGUCUUUGAUAAUGUGUAUUAAUGUUGUUGCAUGCUUCAUUUUAAAAUGUCAAGACUAAAAUUGUCGGCUGGCUUUGAGGCCAACACAUAAUGUUAAAAAAUAGUAAACGUUUUGAAAAUAGAGGUUUUGUCAGACAUACCGUCCCCACUGAAUGAAAAUGUGUAAGAAACAGAUAAUGUUGUAAACCACGUUCCAAUCCAAGUACUUUUUGCAGUUAAUAUUUGAUAGAGUGGUGAUGACAGUAGGAGAGAAGAUGCUACAGUAUCUUCAAAACAAGAUUCAAGUCAUUUCAGUCGUACAAAAGUAGUUUCUGAAAGGGCACUUCAAGAAAAUGAGCCUGUGAGCAUUAUUAACAUUUCUCAUUCAUUGUAUGUUUCAUUGAGAUUUUCUUCUCAGACUAUUGAUCCCAGCUGACACACAUUAGAUCGUCUCGGCAUGUCAGCAGGAAGUUUGUCUCUCAUCGAGUGUUCUCUUAGAAAAAUGACUAGAAAUGAACACAUGAAUUAAUUUCACUUUUAAUUAUUCCAUUAGAAAUGCCUCUCUAUAAGUGCAAUGGCCAUGUAGACUUGUCUAAGAGCAGGCUUCCUUAAGCAUUUUGUGACUUAGCUUCACUUUGAUUUUUAUUAAUUUAUAGACUGCAGUUGAAGUGAACUGGGGCACAAUGUAUCUAUGAACUAUAGUAAUGUGAAAGUUGCUUUUAAAAUGUCUUGCUUGUGUCCCUAACUCUUCCCUCCCAGUAAUAAAGUUUAAUUUAGAAAUUAUUACUGAUGUGAAUAAGACAGUGAUGUACAGGAAGAUGUGUAUGUGACAUGGCUAGUUUUUAACAUAUUUUAAUAAAAGUUAAACUUUUUUAAUUAAAA